AUGUAUUCGGAUUCUGAUUCUGAAUAUGAGUUGGACGAUUCGGUGACUAUAGGUGAUAUUUUUGAUGACAUCGGUCAUGUUCCACCGAACUCGAACAACUGCUCGGAAGACGAAGGGAUCAGAGACGUUCAAAGCGAUGACGACCUUGAAAUGGCCUCUUGUAGUAGCGACAUUGAUGAACCAAUAGUACUGGUAUCAGUUGACUCGCUGAAGUUUGGCUUUUACGAAACCGAGAGCACUGGUGUUCUACGUGUUACUCAUCGUAACAUCCACAUCCACGAGAUAAUCCUUGAGCCAAACGCUAUCGAAAUCCGAUUCUCCAGCAGGUGCGAUAGGGAGGAGACGGACUCUGCUCAAGUGAAAGGGGUCUGGCUCAUGGGGUGGAGCUCAAGUGAUGAGGAUCCCUUCACCAACCGUCCAGAUGUGAAGGGGUUUCUUCUCCAAAGCGAUCCUGAUGACAGACUUCUGAAGAGAUACGGUGAGGUUCAAGGCACUACAUUUGCAUGGCGUGUUCAACUUGCAGGUUUAAUAGAAACGGAUUCGUUACAGAUCUGCUCGGAAGGACGCGAAUUUGUUAUGCGUAAACAAGAAGGUGGUCAAUGGGGCAGGCUGAGCAGCUCAGCCACAGCAAUUCGCUCAGGCAGCUACACCACUCCUCGUAACUAUGGUCCAAGCUUAAGUUCGUAUCGUUAUUCCGCUUCGUCUUAUACACCAUCGACAAGACCUCCUGCUCCUCCCACUUCCGGUGCAGCCACAACACCUGAGCCCACUUCUGGUAGUAUGACCUUAACACGGUCUGGCACCAUCGCUUCAACCGGCAGCGCACUGACUCGUUCUUCCUCGGUGUCUCCUGGGUAUCAGAGGUCCUUGUAUACUACGCCAGCAGCAGCCCGUAGUCCUGCCUUCUCACCUUCUACGUUUGCGACAGGGCCAGGAGCGCAAAGUUAUGCUGCGGCAGCAACUGGUGCGCGGUCUUAUGCCCCUUCGAUGGGUCACAGUCCUUCCAGCUAUACUUUGUCAGCUGCAGCAUCUGGUCCUCAAGCAGCAGCAGUUGGUGGGACAGCUCCUCAAGCCGCCGCUACAAAUACCUCACCGCCUACAACUGUGCGUAGCCGUUCUUCAUCAGCUAUCGCUAGUUAUCGUAGUGUUAACGUUGCUCAGUUGAAUCAGCAAGCUCGUGAGCGAGCUGAACGUGACGAGAAGGCGCGUGAGUACAAAGAAUGGGAAGAACGUGAACGUAUUCGCAGUGAGAUGGAAGAACAACCUAUCGCCGACUUCAGGAAGAGAUUCACUGGUCGCUCAAGUACCGGACCUGUAUCUUCGCCAGGCUACGCUCAGUUUUCAAAGGCUGUAACUUCACGAACUGAGCUCGGAGCACUAUCACGAUCAGACUAUGCGGGAAACAGCGCAGGAGCGGUGCCACCUGUUCCAGCUGAUCCGUCUCGAUACACAUCAUCAUACAAGCCAACUGCUACGGUCCAACCUUUCGAGGAUCGUGGAGUAGCUUCAGUGCAGUCUGGUUUCACCGGUUUGCGUAACAUCGGUAACACAUGCUUCAUGAAUGCAACAUUACAAAUGCUUGUUAACAACAUCGAGCUUAAAACUUACUUCCUGGAUCGACAUUACAAACUGGACGUGAAUCCAAACAAUCCACUCGGGUUUAGAGGUCGGCUUGCGGAUGCGUUCGCCGACUUUAUGCGGCUUAUGUGGAAUUGUCAAAAUCGAGCCAUCGAACCAGCUAAAAUAAAGGAGCUAGUUGCUGAGAAAGCAUCACAGUUCGCCAAUUUUGCUCAACAUGACGCUCAUGAAUUCCUGUCGUUCUUGUUGGACGGACUUCAUGAGGACCUGAAUAGAGUAAAAUCAAAACCGCUAACUACAACAGUUGAGGGGGAUGGCAGAUCAGAUGUUGAUGUCUCAAAUGAAGCAUGGUUCAACCAUACACUCAGGAAUGACUCAAUAUUCGUGGAUUUGUUCCAUGGUCAGCUGAAAUCACGCCUUCAAUGUCCAAAAUGUGAUCGAGUAUCCAUAACGUUCGAUCCGUUUGUUUAUCUUCCCGUGCCAUUCCCGAAAGUGAAGAAAUCCACUACGCUGUAUUUCUGGCCUAUUGAUCCACUGCUAAAACCGUUGGAGAUAACCGUCCAAUAUUCUUCCGAAGGUACGAUUCAAGACCUUCUUGGUGCACUUUCAGAAGUCGUACGAGUUCCUUCCAAAGCACUUCGUCUCGUCGAGGUAUUCAGCCAUCGCAUACAGAAGAUUUUUUCACCAUCUGACAAGACAAGUGACAUCUGUAGCGGUGACGUGUUGUAUGCUUUUCAAGUGCACGAUGCAGCCGACUGUAACGAACCGGUGAUCGAAUUGCUGGUUGUACAACGUCAACUUUAUUCGUCCACCCUCCGUUAUGCUUGUAACGAAUGCGGCAAAAGCACUGGAAGACUAAAGGCCUGCGAAGCAUGCUACAAUGCGUACUACUGUAACAAAGAGUGUCAGCUUGCGAACUGGAACACAGGCGGCCAUCGAGAUGAAUGUCGCAGGAGAACAACAGCUGACCAUGUUGGGCAGCCCUUUAUGGUUUCACUACCACGUAGCCAGCUUACAUAUCAACAUCUGAUUCGUGUACUUGAAGCUCGAUGCAGGUUCUCUGUUGAUAUCUUCCAACCACCGCAACUCUCUGCGUCUAGCGAAGAGAAUGAUAUCUCCAUUCGUGAGGGUAGCGAUGGCAGCAAUCAAGAGGAAAAGAAAGUUGGAGCACCUCCGGUGCUUCAUCGGGCCAGUGCAUCGCACUCACCAUCCCCUUCAACCGCUGGUUCAACACCCCGAAGACAAACCGUAAUGCCAGAGCAGCGCAAAAAACCAGAGUUUAAGAUGUUUCUCGUGCGAAAACUUGCUGAUCAGGCACAUGUGCUCGGUGACACUAUAGUGGAUGACAAAACAGGAGAACCGCUUGAGCUUGAGUCUGGGACUUAUCUUUCAAUAAAUUGGUAUAAUCUUCGCAAUGGUAGACCUUUCAUGAGUGUUGAGAACAGGAGAGCUUUGCAAAUUGAUACCGAGCGAUCUGAACAGUUAGCGAAGCAGUUGCGGAAGUUCACUUCAGGAUCGUCCUCUGGUGAUCCGACGCUUCAUGACAUGCUGGGCAUGUUCUCGGAGACAGAGCGGCUUAAACCGGAAGAAUCGUGGUAUUGUAAUAAAUGUCGUGAUCAUGUGGAAGCAACUAAGAAGUUGGAAUUGUUCCGUUUGCCGCCAGUCUUGAUUGUUCAGCUGAAAAGAUUUGUAUACACAGCGACAUACCAAACAAUGCAUCGCCGAAGUAAGGAUGAGCGUCGCGUUAUCUAUCCUAUCGCUAACUUCGACAUGUCUCCUUUCUUAGCUGAGACAGCACCUUCUGGGCAGAAUACUGUGAGUGAAUUCGUAAGUCGAACGGUGGAAUACAUGCUGCACGUCAUGCCUGUCUUUAUGUGUCUCAUUUGUGACUCUUGUUAUUUGUGUUUCCUAUUUCCGGUGUAUGACCUUACUGGUGUUGUCUGCCACUCGGGAAGCAGCUACUUCGGCCACUACGUUAGCAUUGGACGUCUCGCAGGUUUUGACUCUACAGAAACUGUAGUUGAUUGGCGACUAUUCGAUGAUUCUAUUGUCUCUAAACAAUCCGUGAAUAAUGUACAAUCAGAUGACGCCUACCUGCUUUUUUAUAAGCAGCGUGGUGUACCUACUAAAUCCAUAUUCAGGAAGCAUUAUUCGUGCGAUCCUACUGAGAAGAUUGAAACGGAUUCGAACGCUCUGACUACGUCAGUGACAGCGCUUUCCAUGAACAAAAUCAAUGGGAAUCCCGAACCAGUGAUGAAUGGCGAAAUGAGCGAAUGA